AUGUCCUUUGGUCUGAGGAACGCCACUCAAACCUUUCAGCGAUUCAUUGAUCAGGUUCUGCGAGGUCUCGACUUCGUUUACGCCUACAUUGAUGAUUUGCCAGUGGCUAGUUCUGACGCUGCUGAACACGAGAUUCAUCUUCGACAGCUCUUCGAACGGCUCGACUCCUUCGGCGUUGUAAUAAAUGCUGUUGAAUGUGAGUUUGGAGUCCCCAGCCUAAUCUUCCUGGGUCACGAAGUGAACUCAGAUGGGAUAAAGCCCGUCCCAGAAAAGGUUUCGGCCAUAUCAACGUUCCCCGUCCCGACAACCAUCAACCAACUACGCCGCUUCUUGGGGAUGGUGAACUAA